CAUUUUGGAGACUCACACACUCGUCAAGUCUACACCAAGUCGACGUCUGCUGCAGAUUUUACUUGUGAAGAGCACCCAAUAACAACAACAAUAACAUCAACGAUAACAACAGGCCUUCCGUUUUUCUCUCUCUGUGCUAGUUUAUAUAUCCGUAUAAACAACUUUCUGAUUGCUUGUAUAAUAUAGUUGGAAUUGGUACAAUAUUGUUUAAAAAGAAGUUUUUCGAUCAUCAUAUUUAAUUUAUUAUUUAAUGUCAAUGUCUUUAUUUAGAAUAGGUUCCAAUGGAACUUUAAAUCCAAAGGAUGAGAAGAAAAUUCUCGACGAUACUGAACAACCUUUGAAAAGAUACAAAUGUCUUGCAUCAUUUAACAAGGAUGGUGCAGAUACAGAGUUACGGGCGUUCUAUCAAAAGAAUUAUUCUAUUGUUUAUAACAUCUUUUUGGAUACUCUGAAUUCUAUGAAUUCAGAAGCAAAGAAGAAAUCUAAAACUAUUCCAACAAGUGAUGUUUUAGGACUUACUGAUAUUUUACUCAACUUGUUUGCACACUCUUCGAACAUCAUUCAAAAAAAGUGGCAACAACGUUCCAUCAUUCACACUCUUGAACUGUUAUUGGAUGAGCAAAACAUCUUCCAAAUUCGUUUCAAGGGGUUCGAAUUGAUUGUAAGAUUUGUAGAUAUUAUGCAAGACAAUGUUGAUAAUCAAGUUCUUGAUAUGAUUAUGAAUGCUCUUAAAUUUAAACCAUUGACAGAGGAUUCACGUGAUAUCAAGCUCCCAUCAUUUGGUCAACGUGCCUUGAAUACUGAUGAAAAGUUGGCAGUUGCCACAUCUACAAAUGAUUUGACAGUUGAAGAAGAUUAUCAACUUUUCACAUUCUUUUUCACAUUUAUGAAGGAAUCUGAUCACUUUGAUUAUUGGUGGAAAUUCUUUAAACUUCGUCUUGCACCAAUCUUUUAUCCUAAUGAAUGUAAGAGUUUAGAUCUUUUAAACAAAAUGGACGAUAUGGGUUUCACAGAAAAAGCUCCAACAAGAAUUCACUUGUUAAUUCUUGAUGUUAUCAUGUCUGGCUUGGAAAGUCCAAAGAAUUCUACUAUUCUUUAUCAAAGUGAUAAAGAUAUUUAUCUCUUCUUGAUGAUUUUCAGACAAAGUUUCCUCCUCCCACCACAACACUACGAACAGUUAGCCAAGAUGAUGAAGACUUAUCGUUCAUGGAUUUGUAGAGAUUACUUUUUAUACAACUGGCCUGAAAUUAUGGAAAGAAACAGAAAUCUCUACUUCCGUAUUUUCAUUGAUAAUUUGAGUCAAAUUUUCUACAUGAAAGGAGAUGAACAAUAUAUUGAUUUGCAUAUCACUAUGAGUUAUGAAGUUUUGGAAAUGUUCAUGUUCUUUACACAAAUUUCUGACAAGAUUGACUUUGAAACAUGGAGUGAUUUACUUUCUGCUCACAAACGUAUCUGUUCUACUGUGGUUGAUAGAAAGACUAAAGGAGGUGAUAACUACGACGUCAUGUAUAGCGAUAUUUUAGAAAAGACCUGCUUUAGAAAUUUGUACAUAAUAUGGAUCAAGUCUCACCCAACAGAUCAAUAUCCUAAAUUGUGGGAAGAAUUAUACGAAUUAAUGCAAAGUUAUGCUCACAUGCCAUCUGCUUUUGGUUUAUGGCGUGCUACUGUUCUCAAUCUUGCUCGUAUUGUUUGUGAACAAAUCUUUGAAAUGCCAACAGAUAGAAUGAGAGUUGGUUUUAUUGAAUAUACAACUGAUAUGUAUACUGUAACAGUUGUAAAGAAGAAGGCCAAAACUGAAAAGAAACAACACAUUUUCCAAGGAAUGGAUACUUACAUGUCAAAGAGUAUUUCUAUUGAUACUGUUUUGCAUCUUUUCCACAAGUUUUUGAACAUGUUCGGUAAUGAGAAUACACAACUCACUAACGGAGCCUUGCAUGCAAAGAAAAUGGUUGUUUUGAAGGAAGUUUUGGAUCUUUUCUUGGAUAUUGAAAUUACUGAAGUCAAGGCUGUCAGAGGUUCUACCAACAGUGUUACAUUCCUUCACUCACCAGAAGGUAACAAGUUAUUUGCCAUCCUUUUGGAAUGGAUUAUUGAAGCUUGUGAUAGAACUGAUGAUCAAUUCGAAUCUGGACGUGUUAUUGCUUAUACCAUGAUGUGUCAAAUCUUGGUCACACAAUUCAGUCAACCUUUGAAUGUUCAAUACCUUGCCAAUUGUUAUAGAGCUCUUUUCAAGGGAUUGGUUCCAGAAUAUACAGCCACUGAUCGUACUAUCGAAGCAAUCAUCAAACACGGCUGGAACAUUUUCAGUAUGGGUCACAUGGGUUUGAAUAUUCUUGUUCCAUACUUUGUUCAAGCAUGUCAAAAGGUUCUUAAGGAAUCAAGUGCUACAAUUGGACCAGAAACUCAAGAAUUGCGUAUUGCUGCUGUACAAGGUCUUACCUCCCUCAUUCCUAUUUGCUACUUCUAUGGAGAUCGUCCUCUUCCUCACGUUGAAACAGUUUUGAAACUCAAACAAGCCAAGUUGGAAAAUUUGAACCCAGAAACUGUAACCACCUUCACCAAACUCAGAGGUCGUAUUGUUCAAACACUUCAAUCUUGUGUUCAAGAUGACAGAUUUGUUGAUGUUCAAAUCAAGUGUAUUUGGGGUCUCUAUGCUAUUCUCCACAAUGAGCUCCAACUUGAAGGAGUUAACGGAAGAUCUAAUCCAUCCAGACAAAUUGUUGAAAUGUUCAUCAAGUUCUUUGUUGACAAGAAUGCUGAUGUUGCCUGUGCUGCUCACGAUGCUGUAGUUACAUUGGCUCAUUUAGGUUUAUUCACCAAGUUAGGUGUUCCAACCAUUCGUACAUUCUUGUUGACCAUCUGUACUGCCUUGUCCUCUCAGUUGAAGGAUUCUGAUUCUGCCUUGGCACAAUGGAGCAUUUUCAAACACUUGUUCUAUUCCAUUGUUGAAAUUUUGCAAUACAUUCCAAUGAAGGUUUUGGAAAGCAAGGAAGUUGCCUCAAUGCUUUUCAGUGCUAUCAAUAGAGGUUUAUCUGUUGUUUCAUUGAGUGUAUUGUUGACUCCACAAAAGGAUACUGUAACUGAAGCUGCCACUGAAGACUCAGCUGAUAGAGGAGCCAAGAUGUAUUCUUUCGAAAAUUAUACACUCAGCAAGGAAGACAGUGCUUUGGAAAUUGCUACUGCUGCCGAAAGCUUGUUGUGUUAUGCUUUGAACGUUUUCAGUCAAUUCCCAACUCCUAUUGGUGCUGCUAGAAUGAGUACUGAAAUUUCCGAAUUUGAUGUCUUGCAAGAAGAAAAUGGCUUGUAUGUAACUUCUCCAAAGGUUCACCACUUUGUUUUCAACAAUUAUACCUUGUUGACAAUUAUGGAAAAUCCAAACAAGACUGAAUCUUGUGUUGUAAUUUUACGUGACAUGACUGGUAAAUAUUGUUGGGAAUUCAAGCAAGUUUACUCUCCAGAAACAAUGACCUUCAAGAAGGAUAACAUGGUUAGAAUUGACCAUUUGGAAUUCGAUGAAUUGGUAGAUGAUGAAUCCAAGUCUGGUGCCAAGAAUUCAAAUGCUCCAAGAGCUUCCAAAGCUGGUUUUGAUAGCCCUGGUUCUCCAGAAGAAGAUAGAGCCUCAUUCUAUGUAUCAAGCAUUGUUAAUCGUGGUGACGAAGAAUUGUUUGAUGCUGAUGAUCCUCGUGCUGAACCAAUUGUCAGACAAGAUUUGGCAGCAGUUGAUCUGCCAGCUGAUAUCGACCAAACAGGUGGUUUGAAGGUAGAUAAGGAAUCAUUCGAAACACCAGAUAUCAAGGUUCCAGUAACUGCCCAACAAGAAACUAAGGAAGAUUCUGAUGAUGACGAAGAAAAUCAUGAAGAAGAAGAAGCCAUCAAGGUUGAAGAACAAGAAAGCCAAAUGGCUGGAGAUGAAGGUGCUGAAGAACUCGAUUAUCCUCACUAUGAUAUUGAAAUUGAUACUGAUAAGACUGAUAUGCUUGAAGUUUUGCAACACUAUGUUACUCAAGAUACACCAGCACUUGGUUUCAACGAAGCUCAUGCUCCAAAGAAGCCAGAUUAUGAAAAUGAUAAUUUAACCAAAUCUGUACAUAAGGCAUUUAGAUCCCUCCUCAAUAAUAUUGGUUUCCUCUCUGGUACCAGUAGAGCUUCUUUCAGUUUGGUAAAUGCCAACGGUAGAUUCUACAGAUCUCUUAAACAACUCGACAAGUUAACUGAAAGAGAAACCAUCAAGGUUGGUCUCAUCUAUGUUGCCAAUCAACAAGAAGCCCAAAAGGAUAUUUUGAAAAAUGAUGAAACAUCAGGCUCUAGAAUCUACAAGGAAUUUGUUCAAUCUCUUGGUUGGGAUGCUGAUAUGAGAACUCAUGGUGGUUUUAUGGGAGGUUUAGAUGAAAAUUUGACUACUGGUAAUACUGCUCCAUAUUACUCAAACGCAACAACUGAGGUGAUUUUCCACGAUGUUACAAGAAUGCCAACUAAGGUCAAUGACUCGCAACAAAUCCAAAAGAAACGUCACGUCGGUAACGAUUUUGUCCACAUUGUUUGGAGCGAGCACGACAGAGAUUACAAACCAUGGACAAUUCCUUCUCAAUUUAACUUUGUUCACAUCUGUGUUUAUCCAUAUCAAAGACAUAAGGAAACAUAUUUAUUUAGGGUAAGAAUUUAUACAAAGCCAGAAGUUCCACUUUUCGGACCUCUCCUUGAUGGAAUGAUUGUGGAUAAGAAGAACUUGGGACCACUGGUGAGAAUGACUGCCAUUAAUGCUAACAAGGCUGUGAGAUAUAAGCAAAAGCAAUACAGAAAGCCAUUCCCAACCAGAAGAAGCCACAUUAAUGAAAUUAUUCAAAGACACAAGGCCCAAUCUACUUCUAACAUUGAUUUUAUCAAGACCUUCUUCUUGGAUCAAGAUUACAUGUCUGUCGAGUUCAAUCCAAAGAAACCACUGGCUCCAAUUGCUUCUACUAGUCCAAACACCACUGAAAGUUCCGAUACAGGUUCAUCAGGAUCUUCAACACCAAAUUCCAGAAAUGUCAGAAACUCGAGAGCAAGUAUUAAGAAGAGCGACAUUAAACCAGAGGUAUCUUCACCAACACAAAAACCGACAACAACGGCUAACACUCCACAACAGCAACAACAACAACAGGAAGAAGUGGAAGAACAAGUCGAGUAUGAGUAUGUUGACGAAAAUGGAGAACCAAUCACACUUGCUGAAGGUGAAGAGGUUGAAUAUAUUGAAGUCGAAGAAGAAGAAUACCAAUAA